AUGGACUGGAGUUGCCGAAAUUUGGAUGGGGGACAUAACCUCACGUUCCCAGUUCCCUUGUCUCAGUGGGAACGAGAAGUGGGCGCAUUCAUUGUGGCCUCGGAAGCUUUUCUAGCAUUUUUCGGUAACCUGGUCGUGCUUGUGAUCACCUUCAUAGAUUCAAAGGUCCGCCAGCAUAGAGCGAUGUCGAUUCUCAUCUCAUCUUUGGCUGUGAACGACAUCAUCACGGCAGUUCUGGUCAUGGCUCCAUCUGCGUAUUCGCUCAGUCACCCCAGAGGUUUUCCUCUGUGUCAGCCUCAGGUUUGUUCUAUACACGGGGUCUUCAACUACUGGAUGGCGACGACAUCCUCGAUAACUUUGGCGAUGAUCAGCAUCGAUAGGAACAUUUCGAUUCAGAAACCCCUAUUGUAUGCGGCGCAGAUCUACGCAUCAAGAAGUCGAGUCAUCAAAAUGGUUUUGCUGCCGUGGACCCUUGGCAUCAUUUAUUCGUUGAUUCCGUUCAGUCUACAGUGGAUGACGUAUCAACUCGACAAUAUCGCUUGCGACGUCAACUGGAACCCGGAGCCCGGUUACCGGAUCUAUUAUGCGGCUUGUUUCAGUCUGUGUUUCUUCAUACCGGCGGCAAUGAUUCUGAUUCAGUACUCGAGAAUCAUCUACUCGAUCCACAAGCUCAGGCGGCGGACACCGCAGGAGAGCCGGAACGGAAUGGUGAAAUCCCCUUCAGGAAUCAGCUUAAAACUCAUUGGACGACGGCCCUCGCCAGAGGUCGAGGACAACUCGACGAAACUCGUGCUAUCUGUGCUGAUACUGGUCGUGGUGUUCUUCGUGUGCAUCACUCCUUUCUGUCUGACGAAACUCAUCAAAGUCGUAUACGGACCACACAGAGUGCCCAAUUGGUGCGAUAUGCUGUCCACGAUAAUCCAGUUCAGCGCCAGCGUAAUCAAUCCUAUCGUCUACUCACUCGGACUCAAACACUUCCAAGAAGCUCUUGUGCGCCAAUGGCGAAACCUCAAGAACCACUGUAGUGUAUACUUUUUCUUUCGAUGGUGUGAUUCGUUCUGA